UAUCACUAGUUCAAGAUACCUUGUGUGGUUUCUGUGAAUGCUUUAAACUCGAUAUAAUAUUCUUUUUAUAUUUUCUGUGUAAUGUCAAGUCUUCUGUAAUCCUUGAAGGAACUAAACAUUUGAAGAUGCUACAGAUUUGGCUGCAUAUCUGGGUCGGUACAGUUAUUGUGUUCCUUGUCAGUCGCAACAUAGUUUCCCUGGAUGAUUCAACAAAGAGUAUAUUAGCUGGACUUAAUGAAUCUUGUAAAAACACUACCUGUCUACCUGGUCUACAGUGUAAUAAAAAUUACAUCUGUAAAGUAGAAUCUGACACUUGUAUGUCUUAUCGAUGGAGUGAUAAUCUAUGGAAACCAUCCUGUGACGAAGAUGGCACUUGGUCAGCAGUGCAGUGCAAAGGCGAACAAUUGCACGGUCGUUGUUUUUGUUAUAAUACAAAUGGCUCUAGAAUCUUUGGAUGGUCCUGGUGGCACUCGGCAGGAAAUAUGACCUGUGCCUGCAGUAGGAGAAGAGACACAUUGAAGAACCAGGGUAGAGAGAAUGUGACACUUCACUGUUCUGAGGAUGGUAAUUAUGAGAAACUACAGUGUGACAGUGGAUUGUGCUGGUGCGUAGAUCCACAGACUGGUGAACCAACAGAGAGAGCGUAUCCUGAAUCGAUGAUGACCCAUCUUUCUUGCUAUGACAAGGAUAAGAUUGGCUCACAGUACUUAAGACUCUGUGAAAGUAUGCACAUUGCCAGACUGGAAGUUAUCGAUAAACUAGAAAGACAUGGUAGACUUUAUGCACACAUCGACACUGUAAAUUGUGAUGGGGAUGGUAGCUACGCUUAUUACAGUUUAAAUGGUUCCAUUGUGUACUGUUUAUGGAAGAACGGGAUGCGAAUAGACUUGUAUCAGACACCCCUUUCAAGCAUCCUCACAGUAAAUUGCAAUUGCGCCAGAGAUUCUUAUAUCUACCGUCAAGCGAACUUAACAUUCUCUCUACAGUGUCAAAGCAAUGGGAAUUAUAAACCAGAACAAACUAGCAAUGGCUAUCCAUUCUGUGUGGACAGCGAUGGUUAUGCAACAACCACAUUGGGUUCCUUUGGCGAGACACUAAUUUGUAAAGAGUGAUGAGACUAUUCAUAUCCUUAAUACGAAAGAAC